AUGUCUCUAGUUGGUACGGAUAGACAACUGCGCGAAAAUAAGCUAUUAUCUAAACCAGCAAAGAACAGAUUCAAACCAUACGAGAAUAAAUGCAAGAUCUGUAAAUCUCGAGUGCAUCAAGAACAUGCCCAUUACUGUCAAGAGAGAACUUUACCAAGUGAAUAUCAGAUUAAGUAUUCUCUGGCGAAUAACAUUGUAUUGCGGUUGGAUCUUAGCAUCAUAGAGAGUGUGUGGAGUAGUAGAGUAAACCUCGGUGAGUUGGAUGAGCCAAAGGUGUAUGAAAAUGAAAUGCAUGAGGCAUAUAUCUCGUAUGAUAAUUUACUUAAAAGGGGUAAUACGGAAGUUGAUGUACAGAAUGCUUUACUAGAUAAGAGGUCAGAUGACAAAAAAUACAAGGAAACAAUGUAUGGAAUAUUAUUUGCGAUACUGACUGGAAAAGAUAGCACACCGCAUUUCAAUCGCAUGUGCGUAUGUGUACGAGAUCAAUUCGGAGUAAUUGUGGACAGACUGCGAGCGCUAAUGGAAGCAACAGACUUUCACAGACUCCAUCCACAAAUUGUAAUCAAAAUGCUACAAUUAAUCGAAAAACUGAUUGAAAUGGACGCAAAAGAAAUAGACAAGUUGGUGGAAAUAGCAUUAAGACAAGCAGCAGGAAGUAAUACAACACCAUCGAAUAUAGAAUAUUGCGACACACUAUUAGGAAUGUUGGAGAGAAAUCGCAUUAAAUAUUUAUACAAGAGAGGAAAAAUGCUAAGACUAUCCUUGUAUGCGUAUCUCCGAUUGAUACGAGACCAUCUCGAUAUAAGUUUUGAUGACUUGCGUCAGCGAGAAAUCGACUUUUGCAUCAGACUCAUGAGAGAUCAGUUUCGUCAUUGUAAACAGAUAGGAAGAGAUCUUGUAAGAUUGUUAAUUGAUGUGGCAUCAAUACCGGAAUUCAGAGAAUUUUGGAGAGAUUUACUUUAUAAUCCACAAAUACUGGACGAAGGGUUUGAUGGUUUAAAGACAUUAGUACGAAUACCUACACCAUCGGUAUAUUUGACGAACCGAAUCUCUCCCCACUUGGAAAGAUUACUUAAUGCUAUCUUUAAACAAGACUCGUGUUCGGGUUAUAGAAGACGUUGGCAAUGGCUACGAGACAAAUAUUUUAGCAGACCAGGUUCACAAUAUCUCGCAGUAGACAUUAUUCGCUACAUUGUCUGCGUCAUUCAUCCCACAAACGAAAUGCUGCGAUCUAAUCUAGUCAAACGAUACCAGAUAAUUGCAGAACUAAUUACCAUGACUUCGGACGAAAUUAUACGUCCAAGCGCUCUACUCGCAUUAUUCUACGACUGGUUAUUCUGGAAAUCGCAAGACAACAUAAUGAAUAUCGAACCGGCCAUAUUAUUGAUUAUGGAAACGUUCGAAAAUAGGAAUUGGCAAUUCUGUCAGAUGCUGAUUGAGUUUUUGAGAUAUGAAGCAUAUGGAUUUUGUAAACCGUUGAGCGAGGAUAUCAAAAAAAGUGUGGAUGCUGCUAUGGAGACUGUGUUAACGCAGCGAGUAAUAUUCGAUCGAGGUUUAAUAGAUUUGGUGAACUCGCCACAAAUAAAUUGGGCGACGCGUUCUUAUGUAUCGGACUUGUGGGGAAGGUUCAUAAAAAACUCUGUGCCGCUAGUGACUCAGAUGUCACAACCAAUAAAUGCUACACCAUCGUUUCCAAUGCAAACAACACCGACACCGAAUAAUGCUAUUGCCGCUUCCACUACGCCUGCCAUUACCGCGGCCCCGACUACCACCGCCCCUUCGACUACCCCUUCGACUAUUCCUUUGACUACCCCUUUAACUACCCCUUCGACUACCCCUUCGACUACUACCCCUUCGACUACCCCUCCGACUAUCCCUUUGACUACCCCUUCUAGUACUCCUUCCACAGCCACAGCCACAACCAAUACCCCUUCCAAGGCCACUUCCAAUAUUCCUUCUAGUACUCCUUCCAACACCCCUCCCAAUCCCCUUCCCACUAACUCUCUUACGUCCAACUCUGCCACACCCGUUCUCACUAAUAAUACCACUACCCCCGCUUCUGCGUUACCUUCUACCCCCGCACCUGGUUCCACACCUGGUUCCACACCUAGUUCUGCGACUGGUUCUACAACUGGUCCCGCAACUGGUUCCAGAUUCAAUCUUACGCCAAUGUUUGUUUCUUCCGCUCCCUCCUCUGCUGUGCCCAUGGAGUUGGAUGAUGAUUCACCAAAAUCAUACACUGAUGCAACAUCAUCGGUAACAAAGUCGAGUAAAAUUGUUAAAAAAAUGAAUAAUGGCAAGAUGUCACCGUCUUCGGUCAAUUCGGUUGUUUCGGCGGAGAAAACGUCCAAGGAUGCAUCUUUAUGGAUAUACGGAAAGAAUCUGGAACAAUUUAGAGAUGCCACCUCUUUAUCCGUACAAAAGAGUAUACUUCCUAUAAUAUUGGAUACUUUUGAGAAACACAUGGUGGACGAUGCACCAAAAAAGAUCUCCGGUUACAUAGUCCCAGCAAUAAGAGAAUCAAUGACAAAGUCAGAUUUAUUUACAGUAGUAAUGGAUAAGCUUUGGUCAUUGGGCAGUGAAUCGUCAAAGGGCAAGAUGUUGGAACUGUUGAGAUUGAUUGGUGAUGUGGAUAAUGGACAUGCAUUAGUUAGUUUCCAAGUGUUACUGUCUUGCUUGAGAAAAGCACAGGAAGAGAGUAAAGAUACCUUUUUUGAUGCACCAAACCUCAAGGUUUAUAAAGAUCUCAUAAAUUGUCAACUAGAAAUGAGUAAUGGAUACGAGGAUCUGAAAUUUGUAAAGAAGCAACGCGUUCACGAAAACUUAAUAUCUUUACACAAGUGCAAUGUUGUACUGUUUCAACGUGCUGUCUUUGCGAUAAUGGAAUAUCUACGCGAAUACUGUAUGGGAGAAGUAACGUUCGUUCUCUUAUUGGUGUCAAAAAUCACACCGAUAUUGGCAUAUGAACUUCAGAUCAAGUUGGCAAGAAAUCAACAUGUAAUAUUUGGUGAAAAAUAUGACGAAAUAUUAGUGUUUGCAUUGGACUGGAAUCCAAUUGAACAAUACGUUCUAUUUCAAUUGCUCAAUGCGGAGGUUGGGGGUCGUGUGGAUAGAGUUGAGAAGAUGCUAACCACAUCCUCAAUACUAAGAGCACUUGAUAGAUCAGAGAAUCCGGAACCUUUAAUUGGUUUGCUAGACAUACUGCGAACUGUCCCACCUACUAGUUUAAUAAUAUCUUCAAUAAUGUAUUUGAUCUCGAACACAAGCGACAGAUUACAAAAGCAGUACAGUUUUGAGUUUGUCGCAACAGCAUUCCAGCAGUGGCAUCGUAUCUCACCGGAGGCCACGAAGACAGCGCUGGCAAGCUAUAUGAGGGAGUUGAGUGAGGAUGUCGGGGAUAAUAGUACUAAAGCCAAAGAGCAUGCAGGAAAUCUCUUGGAUGUAAUAAUAUUGUGGUACAAUGAUUCUAAGGCAGAAAUUACUGAAACUUUUUUAAAGAACAACGAGUUUUAUGAUUUCGUCAAGCAUAUAGCCCAACUUUUGGGUAAACAAUUGCCUGCUGACUGGCUUGCGAUAAAUACCCCGGAAACAAACACGGAAGCAGAAGACGAUGCAUCGGAAGAUGAAGAGGCGGAAGAGGGAGAGAAGGAAGAGCAGGAAGAGCAAGAGAGGGAGGAGCGGGAUGAUGAGGGGUCGGAGGGGGAAGAAGAGGAAGCAGAGUCGGAUGAAGAAGCAGAAAAACCAAUGGCCAAGUACUCUAGAAUAUCUAGGAGGCGACCAUUGAGGAAUCACAAGUCUUCUCAACUGUCUUCAGUAGCAUUGCAGAGAGCAAGUCGGUACCGAAAAGGUCAUUGA